UGGUUCAGAGGGACGACAGGACACACGGACUGGUCACUGCAGAGCCGCUGGUCAGCCGGGAGAGAAUGAGGCUGAGGAUGAAGAUGAAGAUGAAGCUGCUUAAUGCUCCCAUGGCGAUGGUAGUGAUGUCCGCAUUGGUCGGACUCACCUACUUAUCUACAACUCUUAAACCGACGACUACAACUCCUAAACCAAUGACAACAACUCCGAAACCGACAACAACAACAACCACUAGGCCGACUACUACCACGCCAAGAUGGACCCCCACAACAGGAGCUUCUGGACUAAAUUUAAAUGGGAAGAUGUUCACUUUGUCUCGUAAUGGAGGAGGAAUAUCCUUCUAUUCACCCUAUUAUUCUCCUACCACGCCCCACUACACCACCCGUAGAUACACCACUCGUCCCUACUACACCCCCACUCGUCCCUACUACACCACCACUGGUCCCUACACCACUAAUCGUCCCUACUACACCACCACUGGUCCCGACACCACUAAUCGUCCCUACUACACCCCCACUGGUCCCGACACCACUAAUCGUCCCUACUACACCACCACUGGUCCCUACUAACCCCCACUGGUCCCUACACCACUAAUCGUCCCUACUACACCACCACUGGUCCCUACUACACCCCCACUGGUCCCUACACCACUAAUCGUCCCUACUACACCCCCACUGGUCCCUACACCACUAAUCGUCCCUACUACACCCCCACUGGUCCCUACACCACUAAUCGUCCCUACUACACCACCACUCGUCCCUACUACACCACCACUCGUCCCUACUACACCCCCACUGGUCCCUACUACACCACCACUCGCCCCUGGACCACAGCACCUCCUACUAGAGGUGAGUACAUUCACAAACUACAUAACCAAACAG